CACCAUUUUUAGAAACUGCAGACAGCUGUUGAUCUGUGUUUGGGAUGCCUCAGGCGUUGCAUGGCUAAAGCGUGCUUCUCAACGUAGGCAGAUUUUCCGUUCCAGUCAAAGGUUGCAUUCACGGGUGUUACCUUUGUAUGCUUAGCUGCGGCGGGUUAGCAACUGAUAAUCCUAAUAGCUGCGCGUCUGACGCUGACAGUGAAGUCUUGUUGUCGUGUAGAUUUGCACGUACUCGUAUAGAUAAUGUACACUUCUUACAAAUGCAGUCCUCACUCGGGAAAUAGAUACGGACUGGGGCCUCGCCCCCCUUCUUGCCGAUGGACCAAUUUCCAUGUCAGGGUGCCGGUCGCUGGGACAUUUCACGCUUCAAUGGAGCAUGGCAACGGAAAGGCAGUUUUUAAAAAAGACUAUCUGCCAUUUGGUUCCAUGCCGCGACGAGCAGUGCGGCCUUCGGUUCUCACCGGGGCACCUACUGCCUGUAACGCCGGCUUGGGCCACUGCACACAGCCAAACACUUUUCCACCAUCACCGCUCAACGCUCGACAUGGAAUAGGGGCGACACCUAGCAGCCGCUGCGCAGCUUCAGCCAUUGCUUGCGGAGCCCAUGCUCCCGGGCUUCGACACCAACAUGAGCAGCAACAUGACCACCAUCAUGGCCACUGUUGUUCUCAUGGUGGCCAUCAUCACGAGCACGGACAUGGCCAUGAACACUAUCCGGACAAUUGGGCGACGCGGGCCAUGCGCAGCAUCGGACUGGUCCAGCUGGCGUCCCGCAUAGAGCACUCUGGACGUCUUGCAGUCAUCUCCAUCCUCUGCUUCGCCCUCUCCCUCCUCGCCUCGCUGCCGCCCCUCUCCUCCGCCCUCUCCUCCCUCCUCUCCCUCCUCCUCCCCUCCCCCUCCUGCUGCUCCCCCGAGCGCCUCUCCGCCCUCCUCGCCUCCCUGCGCCUCGCCGCGCUGGCGGGCACCUACCUGCUCAGCGGGCUGCCCCAGGCGGUCUCCUCCCUGGCGCUGGCGGCGGGCGGCUGCCUGGACACGCAUGUGCUGAUGAGCCUGGCGGUGGGGGCCACUCUGUACCUGGGUAUGGCACAGGAGGGUGCACUGCUGCUGCUGCUGUUCCAGGUCUCCCACCUGCUCGAGUCCAAGUUCACCUCCCGCGCCCAGGGCUCCCUGCGCCGCCUCUUUGCCGCCCUGCCGCAGCGAGCCACGCUGGUGCACAUGACACCGGCUGCCACUGCCGCGGCCGCGGCCCCCCAGCAACCCGCAUCCACCUCCUCCACUGCUACCUCUGCAGCCGCAGCACCACCAGCAGCUGGAGCUCAUGCGAACAGCAAUGGCGGUGGCGGCCCUGCAGCAGCAGGGGUGGCAACAACAACAGAAUCAGGAACAGGAACAGCAGCAGGAGCCGCCUUCUCGGCACCAGCAGCACCAGCACCAGCAGCAGCAGCAGCUUACGGUCCCGACCUGUCCAGCUGUCGGGAGGUGUUGGCAGCUGCGGUGGGGGUGGGGCAGCUGGUGCUGGUGCGGCCGGGGGAGGUGGUACCGCUGGACGGCGAAGUGGUGUGGGGGACGGGCUGGGUGAGCCAGGCGCAUGUGUCGGGGGAGGCGCGGCCGGUGCGCGUGGCGGCGUGGGCGGGUCAGCAGGGCGGCGAUGGUGGGGUUGCUGCUCCUGCUGGUCCUGCUGCUGUGGACACAAAUAGGGUGCAAGGAGGACAGCAAGAAGGACAGCAGCAGCAGGGGGGACAGCAACAACAAGGGAGGCAGGGCUUGGCGGCGCCUGCAGCAGCACCUGGGGCGGCGGUGGGCCCCUGGGUUCCUGCGGGCGCGGUGAGCACGGACGGGGCGCUGGUGCUGCGGGUGACGGCCACUGCGGGGGAGAGUACACCCGCCAGGAUGGCGAGGAUGGCGGAGCAGGCGCAGUCCUCCAAGCCCCGCCUGCAGCGCCUGCUAGACCGCCUGGGGUCCGUCUGGAGCCGCGGGGUGGUGGCCGCCUCCCUGCUGGCCGGGCUGGGGCUUGCAGCGGCCGGUGUGCCGCUGCUGGCUGCCCCCGGGGGUGCGCUGUACCGCGCACUGGGGCUGCUGGUGGCGGGGUCGCCCUGCGCGGUGGUGCUGGUGCCGCUGGCGUAUGUGUGCGCGCUGGCGGCGGUGACACGCAGGGGUGUGCUGCUCCGGGGCGCCUCCGCCCUGGACGCGCUGGCCGGCUGCCGACUGGUGGCGCUGGACAAGACCGGCACCCUGACCACCGGGGAGAUGCGGCUCACGCGGGCGGAGCUGCUGGAGUG